GGUCAGGUCAAGGAGGGAGGGGCGACUCUUGCAAUGUGCGCAGACAGAGGAAGGAAAGUGGCAGGCGAAGAGGGGUCAAACGGGGAGAGUGUGACAGGAAAAGGUAGAGUCAAAGGAGUGGAAGGUCAUCGAAAAAUGGGGGGAACGCUGGGGACGAAGAUAACGAUUGCGGCCAUAGCAAAAGUGACAGAAGAUGGAGGUGGAGGGUGUGAAAGGAUAAGAUAUGCCCCGCUCGCAAUCCAAGGGGCUAUAAUCCAAGACGUGCAAUCGAUGGCUCCGGUAAAAGGGUUUGUUCAUGACCUUCCAUCGUUUCUGGAGAAAAGAGAUGAUACUCUGUUGGUGGCAAUAGAUUGGGACGACUCGAGGACCUUCCCCAUUUUCGACUCCUGGGACUACAUCUACGGCGAGACAGAAAAAAAGUCAAUUAUACAGGCAAUUCCAAAAGUGGCGGAGGGGUUAGAGGUCACAAAAUUUGCUGCGGAGGACCCGAUAGGGAUAACGGACAAGGAAUCUCAAAAGGAGAAGGAAAGGCAGCAGAUUCCACCCGAACCCCCUCUCCAAGUACUGGGCACAAAAACAAAAGAAUCGGAGGUGUUGCAAGCCACAGUAGACGACCUGCACGCAGCCGAGGACAGGGAGAACCCACAAGACUUGCCUCCACAGGCGGCAGUUCAGAUAGAGGGGAACAAAGCUAGAGAAUUACAAAGCAUGAUGGUGGGCCUGGCGGCAAGUGGACUCUCACAUCCGCCGCAAGUGGAGAGGGAGAGACUGCAAGUUCCACCCAAACCCCAUGUCCAGCCUGAGAAACCGCCGCAAGUGGAGAGGGAGAGAUGGCAAGAUCCACCCAACCUCUAUGCCCAGCCUGAGAAAUGGGCAAUACGAACUGUGGGGACAGAUCCGCAAGGGGAGCUACUGGUACAGACAAUGGAGGGGGGGUCAAGGGAACUGCAAACCAUUGGGGCGGGCCGGCAAGAAGCGGAGGUCCCACACCCGCAACCGGAGAAGGUGAGACUGCAACAUGGGGAAGAGGACAAAAGACAAGAUUCGCUCGAUUCCCCAAUACAGCCUGAGGAGUUGGCAACAGAGAAAGAGGUGGAUAGUGUACAAGGCCUUCCUGCUGCUUCUACACAGCAUGAUGAGGAUCAGACAUGGAAUCCUGCACAAGGUCUGUCUGUUGCUUCUGCACAGCAUGCUGUGGAUCAGGGACAGAAUCCGCCCCCCCCCAACCUGGUAAAAGGAGGCCAAACAACACAAUCCAAAAUUAGGAAAAAGAAAAUGAAAGCCUCUAGAUCGCAUACAGAUACGAGACCUGUGCCGGAACAACAGCGUCCUAUACAGCAGACAGAGGUGGGAAAGCAGAAAACUCAUGCCAUUGUGGUUGGCCUGCCUGCUGGGGCCACGGGCUGUUAACGGAACAACAGCUGCCCAUACAGCCGACACAGGAGGAAAUGCUGGAAACUCAGGCCAGUGUGCUUGGCCUCCCUAUUUGGGGCCACAGGCUGCCAACAGAAAACGGAGAAACGACCUCAGUAAGAGGCAUGGCAAGGCUGGAAGUGUGCCAAUCGGAUUAGGCACGGAAUCCGCCACAAGGUAUGUCUGCUGCUCCUGUACAGCAUGCUGCGGAUCAGGGACGGAAUCCAGCCUCCCCCAACCUGGUAAAAGGAGGCCAAACAACACAAACCAAAAUUAGGAAAACGAAAAUGAAAACCUCUAGAUCGC